UCUCAGCCCAACGCAGGACUUCUGGAGCGCAGCUAAGAGAAAUCAACUUUGUCCACUAUUUGUUCAUAUUCUCUGCCACUCCACUCCGAAGAUAUAAGUAGGUCAUCAGCUCAAAGAGGGCAAUGAGUUGUAUAUGGACAAACUUGGAAGAUUUUUGCUGAUAUUACGUGGGUGUUCGUCGCCUUGCACCAAGCGUUGUGGAUUACUGAAAAACAGAACUCUUUGUGGGCGACCUUUGGCAUCUAUUUAUUGGGGGUCUCGAACGGGAGUUUGAACUCAUACAUAGGCAGCGUCUCGACAACAAAACCUGCGUUGAAAAUGGGGAGCAAAGCACUGCCUGCACCGAUUCCUCUCCACCCGUCCCUACAGCUGACAAACUAUUCAUUUCUGCAAGCUGUCAAUACUUUUCCUGCGGCCGUGGACCACCUGCAAGGACUGUACGGCUUAAGUGCUGUACAAACUAUGCACAUGAACCACUGGACCCUGGGCUAUCCGCACAUGCAAGGACUGAGGUCAACUAUUACCGAAAUGGCUGCAGCUCAAGGCCUGGUUGAUCCCAGGUUCCCUUUCCCUGCGUUACCAUUCGCCACGCACCUUUUCCACCCCAAACAAGGUGCUCUUACGCACGUCAUACCCUCCCUGCACAAAGACAGGCCGAGAUUUGAUUUUGCUAACCUCGCCAUUGCGGCUACACAAGAGGACCCGCCGAAAUCUGGCGAGCUCUCCAAGCUGACCGCAGGCCUAAGUGGCGCGAUCUCGGAGCUCAACAAACUCUCGCCGGACAGAAAACCCACGCGCGGACGGCUGCCUUCCAAAACGAAAAAGGAAUUUAUUUGCAAGUUCUGUGGCAGGCACUUCACUAAGUCCUAUAACCUUCUCAUCCACGAGAGAACCCACACAGACGAGAGGCCGUACACAUGUGACAUUUGCCACAAGGCCUUCAGGAGACAAGACCAUCUCCGAGACCAUAGAUACAUCCAUUCCAAGGAAAAACCGUUCAAAUGUCAAGAGUGUGGGAAGGGAUUUUGUCAGUCUCGAACUUUAGCUGUUCACAAAACAUUGCAUAUGCAGGAAUCUCCUCACAAAUGCCCCACAUGCGGAAGAACCUUUAAUCAAAGAAGUAACCUGAAAACUCACCUUCUUACCCAUACAGACAUCAAGCCCUACAGCUGCGAGCGCUGCGGAAAGGUGUUUCGGCGCAACUGUGACCUGCGACGGCAUAGUUUGACACACACACCCCAUCAGGACUUCUAGUCUCGAUGGCUGGACAAAGAAUUAUAAUAACAAUCAAAACGGACACAAAGAGAAUAGCAGCAGCGCAGACUGGAGGAUAAACAUGCAUGGACAAAAGGACAUAUUAAAGCAAUGGAUUCAUCGCUUGCAUAUACAACCCACACAAGACAAUGACGAUCCUGGACUAAUUUUUGUCAUCCUUGUAAAUACAAAAGCCCCUGGAACCCAUGUAAAUAAUAUUUUCCCUGAUUUUUUUGUAUUUGUUCUGUUUGAUUGAUCUUAAAAAUGUUGAAACUUGCUUAUAUGUGGUUGUUUGUUAAAUUGUA